UUCCCAUGAGCAAUGUCACCAAGCUUCUUCUGUUCAUCUCAGUUACAGCAACACUGAUACUGUUUAUUUAUGUACCUAUUAUCAAAGAGGACUUGUCAGCUAUAAGGGGUUACUUGCCAACUAUGAUGCCAGUACAAGGUAGAGGGGCUGGCGAGAAUGAUACGAGAUGGAAUGUUGAGAAUGAUACGAGUGGAGUGGAGAGAGAACACUUUCUUUUCAUUGUUAUGAUACUUAGUCACAGGGCCUCAGACAGAAUCCAAUCAAGAUCCGCCUGGAACAACCCCACAUUCUGGGCCACUAAAAACGUCACAACAAAGAUCCUCUACGUGGUUGGAAGUGACCAGGUAGACAGCACAGAACAAGAUAUUAUCAUAGCAGAUAUGGUGGAGAGCAGGUGUGCUCUCAAACAUAAGGUUCAGGCUGGGUUAAGGUAUAUAAAGGAGCGGUAUAGUUGUGAUUAUAUCCUCAAGACUGAUGUUGAUGUUUUUAAUGAUUAUAAAGCCUGGACUGAGGCUAUCUUGAGGUAUAAUGACAAGCAGAUUAACGCUGGUCAUUCACAAAACGGAGCUAAGAAUAAUGUUGAUUCUCACAGUAAAUCAGAACAAUCAGCAGAAGAGCUCCACUCCUCUUCCUCCUCCCCACCAGCACUGCUAUACGGGGGAGGCGGAUGUCGGAGGCACCUGGACGUACCUUACCCAUUCUGCUCAGGAAUGGGCUACAUACUCCACUCAUCUCUACUAGACCACGUGAUAUCAUACCCUCUGAGUAAGAUGGAGGGGGCGGAGGAUAGAACAGUAGGGAAGUGUAUGAGUGAAGUAGGGGUGAAACCUGUGGGUAUACUAACAGGGAGUGUGAGGGGGUUGAAGGGGGAGGAGUGUGAGGGGCUGGGUGGGUUGAUGAAGGAGCACGGGACACUGCAUACUGGCAGGGACAGUGGCAAGAUGUUGGAGUGUUGGAAUGCGGCUGAUUUGAGUGCCAUUUAGGUUGUUUUAGGUGUUAAACGUUAUGUAAUUGUGUGGUUUCGUAAGAAACUUUUUAAAGUUUUAACCGUUGAUUAUUAUAAAUAUUAAUAUGGAUGUGUAAAUUUCAAACCACUGUCAUUUCUGACAAAAUAUCAUUAUAAUUUGACCUGACACGGAAUGUUAUUACAUUGCA